GAGGGGGACACGUAAAACGGUUUGCGGACUCUCUCGGGCUUCUUCCUUCUGUCGAGAGCCAGAAUUCUACCCUACCGAACGUAGAACGUAUAUAUGAAUGUACACCCGCGGUAUGUGCCAUGUGUACCAACAAAUGUGGUAUUAUUUACUGAUUUUGCGAUGGUAGCAGCAGCCGCAGCAGCACCCGCUCGUCAUUCAAGAAUUUACGAUUAAACUAGUUCGAGAAAGUUUCCACUGAAUGGAAAGUUCGCAUCCAGGGUUUGUGUAUUAUACGCAAAUUGAGCAUGAAUCGGCUUUUCGAACAAGUUUCGUUACCACGAGCAACGCACGGCGUCCUACGUCUGGUACAAUGACCCAGGUCGCGAUUCGGCCUAUCGUGCACGUACGUGCGAAUCAACUUGCCGCUUCGCGUGUGACGUUCGCCAAUCACGGACUGCGUGUGGAUAAUUUUUUAAACGUAGUUACGUAUCACGCGCCUCCGUGCAAUAUUACGGAUAAAAAAAUAUUCCCGGUACGUAGAACGCUUUCAAACAUAUACAAGAGCCGCACUCGACCCUUUCCCUCGCAAGUUCGCAGCAUUGUUACGACUCCCCGGGUGGGCCUGGAACAGUUUAUCCUUUUUUUAUCCGAUCGUCUUCAGUUUCACGGUGGUAAGAAUUUCGCUCCCGGCGGGGUGAAUCGAACGCGCGCGAUUGAAAGAGGGUUUCUACGGUAGUUCGCUCCGGUGUUCUCUUUGUGAAAAAUCACUCGCGAGCGAUCCUAAGUAGUAUCGCUGCGGCAUGGCGAAACGCAAGAACCGCUCUCGCCUUUCACAAUCAGCUCCUGUCGCAUGUUGGCGGCCUCAGGAUUGCCCGUUGAACAAAACUGCCGAGUGUAAACGAACCUUAAGGAAUUGCGCGAGGUGGAGGUGGUGAGCCAACGCAACGCAAUGCGAGGCAUAAGCACGGCGUAAGGCGGCGGUCCCUCUGCCAGGUGUCUGAUGCUUCGGAUGUUUUAAUGCUACGUGUACACGGUACGUCAGUCGAGUUAUGCCUCCAUAACUGUACGCGUUAUACGCUUCUACGUCCUCUGCGCCCAGCCUACCAUCUUGGAGGCUAAGAGGCGUACAGGCUAAAAAAAUCGAAAUUAUCAACGACAAGCAGAGUUACGGAGAUCCGACCGGUCCUCGUUACAUUAUUACAACUUGACAGAAGCUGACGGACGUCCCGAUAAUACGAGAAUUUUUUAUCCGGAUGCGAAUGACGGUCGAUGCUCGGUGAGCCGAUGUCCGUCUCUCUAGGAGUCGAGAUGGAAGAAGUCCCGAGUCCGGCCGCUGCACCGUAGCCUAAUAAAAUGAUGUCCCAGGCAGCCACCGACGGUCCUGAGCCCUCAUAGAGGGACCCCGGGGAGUGGGAAGGACUCGGAGUCGAAGUUUAUUGAUUUUUAGGGUGACACUGUCAACCGGCGUUGAGUCUCCCGCGAUGGGAGACUUUCAAGCGGGAAAAAUAGAGGAGGAAAGAACGAGCGGUGGGUAAAGAGAAGUAAAAUAAAAAAAAAAAAAAAAAAGAAAGAAAGAAAAAAAGAGGGAGAAGGAAUAUGACGCGGCGCCGGUGACGCGAAACUAGUGACGCCGCGGCGCACGUUGCAACGCAGUACGUAGAAAGUUACCUGCAUACCAACCCCGAAGCGACGUUAGACUCGGAUAGAUAUAAUUCUACGAAUCUGACAAUCCUGCAGUUACACGACGCGAUUAUACUUGUGUGGACGAAUAAGUUAUAAAGCGUCGGGAUCGAAGUAAAUAGGGAAACAGAAAUCGCCGUGUCCGUCCGUGUACGUCCGUCGAUGACUGUAAAAGAAAGACGGCGACGUAACUCGUCGACAACUGCAGCGUUGUGAAAUACGUGUUGAACGAAAAUCGCAGGUACUCUCGGUUACACGUAAAUUGUGUCGUUCGUACGCCUCUCGUUCGCCGGUGAAAUAACACGCAUCCCGAGACACAUGAAGCGGUCUGCAUGGGAUCAGGAUUAUAGUUACCACCGUCAGGGGGUGCUUUCGGAGUGACGUUGACGCGCGGUGCAUAUAAGAGAGACGUAACGCGACUACCCCUCUCUUACGAAGCGUCAAACCCGCGGCGUAACCAUAGAAGAUAGAAAAAGGCGUCGGUGGCGGUGCGUUAACGGAAGGGCAGGGACGUGAAGGGAGGCGAGGCUAGGGGCGGGGAGGGGAGGGGGCGCCAUGUGGUGCCUUCGAACGUCGCCGCGGAGCGUCGAGAGUCGCCACUGCCUCCGCUAAAAAUGGCAGCACUCGGUGGCUUCUCGCUUGAUAAUUUUUGCCGAAGACCUAAAAAGAAAUCUCCUCUUACCAGUUGACAGUUGGGCGCAAGGGACGAACGGCGCACGUGGCCCUCGCGCGUACAAACGAGAUAAAUUAAUUUACAGUGCGUGAGGUGCUGUGCCUGCUUAUAUUUACGUACCUACGCGAGUACGCGCGUACGUAGAUUUUGUUAUACGUAUGUAGUAGGUACGAUAUCACUCGUCUCUGGUAAUCGCGCGACGUGCGUACGGUUGUAUUUCUAUAUCUGUAUGCAACGUAUAUAGUUUGCAUACUCAGCCUCGAAGUUGUACUGUUCAUACAUACGUACAUACAUGUAUAUUAUUAUUCGUAAAGUACCUUGGUGAAAAUUUUUUACUCUCUUACAAUUAGUAGGUGCGUUUUAAACUUAUACGUUAUACAUCAGGCUUCGGUGGCGGAAACAAGUGCAUCGGUAUACGUAUACAUAAUAUAUGUAAUAACUAGUUGACAGUGAAACUAAUAAAAACGAAAAUAUUAAUAAAGAAAAAAAUUAAUAAACAACAGUGAUGUAUAUAUAUGUAUAUGAUAUAUGUACGCGAGUGUAAAUUUAUUCACCGACCACACAUUGUAUGAUAUAGGUGUAUUCAAACAUGUAUUGCGAGAUUAAAAAUACGCGUUUAUGAAAAAAAAAAUUCUUUUCAACCCUUUAAACAAUUGUUUCGUACGAAACACUUUGAAGAUUGUUUUAUUAAUUUAAUUAUUUUCAUCCGCGCAAAAUACACAUCGUAUAUCUGCACUUGAAGUAGGAAGUUGACGCAACCUCGAAUCAGCGUUCGCUUGUUACUUCUCAGUCUUCUUUACAUUGUUUUUUCUCCUACAUUCUCUUAACUCGCGUACGGCCCGAAGUGCGUGUUCGAAGGGUCGUCAUUUUCAGCUUGACGAAAGUUCUCUCUCGCCGCGAAGUGUUCAUUGUUUUGAUUUGUUGGUUGUGUGCAACGGUGUAACAUGUAUAUUCCUAAGCGCGGGCUAGCUAGUCAAGCGAUGAACUUUAUAAUUCAUGAAUAACAACAACGGCUGCAACAACUCAACAACAACAAUAAUAAUAACAACAAUCCGCGACGCGUUUACGUAAUAUCCUGUGUAUACACCUAUUUCUGCCACUGUUUUUCAGUGAGAAUUUUCAUUGUUUUUACAUUCAUCUUUAACCCCCUUCUCGAUAAUGUCAAGAUACUGAAUUACACCUAUCCGUCACGUCAAAACUCUGAUCGGCCGAGGAACUCGAGCGUCGGUUGAAUUAACAACUCGAUAACACGAAAAUCUCGGAGUAAGAAUCCGCAGUCGCAUUCGUGUCUCGAGAGUCGAAAGUUUCCUACGCUGUACGGAAGGUAUUUUGAUUACGGUGGUGUUUACUUACUCGCUCUAGCCUCUCCUCCGACGGCUAUCGUCGUCUCCCUCCCUCUCGGCCUCCCCUCCCCCCCCCCCCCUGCCGCCAACCAAACGUUCCGAUUGUGAGAGGGAGUUCGCCUCUUGUUGUGUGGUGUGUCGAGUGUUUGUGUGGCAUGUCGCGAAAAAAUAUUUGGUACUACUCGUAUGUCGCGAGGCGUGUGACGGUUAGUUUCGGGUUAAAAUAAUGAAUGAAAAGGGUGAUAAAUAUAUUCGCUGAUAGAGAGCGAUGCGCGGCACGGUGACGGCGGAUUAUCCACGCGACCUACGUUCACGUUUCUUUAACCUAUCGCCGAGGAAGUGGUGCGUGAUUGUGAGAACUGUUGUUUGGCCGCUGUCGAUAGUAAGUCGAUAUUGAGGAGGAGGAAAAUAACGAGAAACAGACGGAGGAGAGAAACGAGACGAGAGGCUUGACGAGUCGGAGCGAAAGAGAGUUAGAGACGCGGAGAGAGAGCGUGAGAGAGGAGAAGAGCGAGAGAGGGAAUUCCGAAUGGAAGUGAGACGACGGUGCGGAGGAAAAAAAAAUGCCGGCAACGGGAUGCGGUAAUUUUUCGUCUAUUAAAACGAGCGUAAAACGGAGCUUCGAUGGAAAUACUAACCCCGUUACGAGGCGGUUAAAUAUAAUGUACGAAAGCAGAGUUUAACAGUGCCCAACGGAUAUUUAACCUCGCCUGUUUACCAACGCGUAUCUACGCGCGUUUGAGGUUAGGUCGCCGCCGGUACAUAACCUCUCUCACCAUCGUCGUCAUCCUCAUCUAUUCGUCUCUUCGUCGAAAAUAUAACGGUUAUAUUUCGCCAAUCAGGAGACUACGUUACGGAAUGAACGCAUUGAUGACCAAAUAAUGAAGGCGAAUGGAACGAAUAAUGGCUGUAGCCGUCUGAAUACGCCACUGGCUGCGACCACCACGCUGGAGGACCCAGGGACACCUGCCUCCUGGAAGGGCCCGCCGCCCGGAUCGGAGGCUUCGCCGUUCACGCCGAACUCUGUCGGUCAAGGACCAGGACCAGGUUCGGGACCUUACAAUAAUUCGGGAGGCCCACCGAGCAACACGGGUGGGUUUCAGGGCCCCAGCCCGUUCCCCGGUGGGGCGGGCAGUCCGGCAGGGGCCCCACCUUAUCAGGGGCCUCCCCCAGGCUCCGGAACGCCUCAGUACACCGCGUCGCCCGCACCAAGCGGCUCGUCGACUCCCGGUCCAGUGCCGCCCCCUAAUUCUGCGGGAUUUCCACCCCCGCCGAACAAUUCCGGACCUCCUUACAAUGGCCCGGGCCCAAGUCCGUUUGGAUCCCCGUCCGGAGGACCUCCGCAGUUUGUGGGACGACCGGGUUCGUCCGGACCACCCUUUGUGCCCCCCGGUGCAGGUAAUCCUCACUUUCCGUCACCAGGACAACCUUUCGGUGGUCCGCAGUAUGGAAUGCCACCUGGGAGCCCGUUCGGACCUGGCGGACAUUCCAUGGGCGGUCCCAUAGGCCCCGGACAUCCUGCGAUGAUGGGAACCGGUGGACCCGUCGACAGGAUGGAUCAAGGAUCGUUGCCUGUCCUCAGGAGGCACACCCCGUACUUUGGCCAGCCUGACUACCGCCUCUACGAGCUCAACAAGAGGUUACAGCAGCGGACAGAGGAAAGCGACAACCUUUGGUGGGACGCGUUUGCGACUGAGUUUUUUGAAGACGACGCGACGCUCACGCUGACGUUUUGUUUAGAAGAUGGACCUAAGAGAUAUACGAUAGGAAGGACGUUAAUACCGAGGUACUUCCGUUCGAUAUUUGAGGGCGGUGUUACGGAGCUUUAUUAUAAUAUGAAACACCCGAAGGAAUCGUUUCACAACACUAGUAUAACACUGGACUGUGAUCACUGUGUCAUGGUCACCCAUCACGGGAAACCUAUGUUCACUAAGGAUGAAAUGCAAUUUGAAAUGUACGUAUUCCAGGUCUGUACAGAGGGUAGGCUAAUAUUGGAAUUCACAUUCGACGACCUGAUGAGGAUAAAGUCGUGGCACAUGUCGGUGAGAACACAUCGAGAGCUAGUUCCCCGAUCCGUGGUCAGUAUGCACACCGCGCAACAGGAUCCCACGAUGCUUGAACAGUUGAGCAAAAAUAUCACGAGACAAGGCAUCACGAAUUCUACCCUCAAUUAUUUAAGGUUAUGCGUCAUACUUGAACCGAUGCAGGAACUGAUGUCAAGGCACAAAGCUUACGCGUUAUCGCCUCGCGACUGUCUGAAGACAACUUUAUUCCAGAAGUGGCAGAGGAUGGUUGCCCCGCCGGGUAAGAGAGAGUCACAGAGGCCGGCGAAUAAGAGAAGAAAGCGAAAGGCCAGCGCGUCUGGCCCAGGAAAUAACGCGCCACCAGCACCUAGUAAAAAAAGGUCCCCAGGCCCUAAUUUUUCACUGGCGUCUCAGGACGUAAUGGUCGUGGGUGAACCCUCUUUGAUGGGUGGUGAAUUCGGCGACGAAGACGAACGGUUAAUCACACGAUUGGAAAACACGCAAUACGACGCGGCUAAUAGCUUAGAUCCCCACAGUCACGAUACGUCCGGAGGUCCUCCACCGCAUCCUCACCAAUUUCACUCCGAGCCAAAUGCCGGAAAUUCUUGGCCUCCAGAUCGCGGUCCAGGCCCGCCACAAGGUGGUCCAGGAAAUCAGGGAGUUCAAGGGUCCCAGGGUGGCGGCGGAGCUGGAGUUCAGGUUUGUUAUUUUCCGUGUACAAUGUGAAUUAAUUAAGCACGUAAAUACGGUUUUCACUUUCUCUUCAAGAAUGAAAUUCAAUACUUGUUUCAUUUCAUUUCUGUCGUACAGGUUUUAACUCGAUUCAUUUACCAUCGAAUAAUAAAAAUUUUUCAGACGCAGUCAGUCCAUGAUAGCCAUUGCAGUUAAACUUCCUUAGCUGCAUAAACAGCAAAGUGCUUAUGUGUCUGUAUAAAUGCGUUUCGUUCAAACGAGCGACGCCGUGGUGUGUGUCGAUCGCAUUUGGGGGAAAAAGAUAACAAAUUUCAAUGACUGUGAUUUCCCCUGAAAUAAUCCUGCAACCAUAUUGACGUGCCGAAUGGUUAUUCUUUCUCAAGUCAAACUCAAACAACAAAUAGACCAGUAAAUAUUGGAUCCCAAUCCCAACUGACACCGCUGCGAUCUAGCCCAAGAAACGGAAUCAUACAAACUAGUUUUUAAAUAUGUAAAUUAAUGACAAUUAUGAUUAGUAGAAAUAUUGAAAGUAUAAAUUGUGGUGGUGACAAUUUAUCACGUGGAAAGCUAUGGUCGUGUGUAUAAAACUGCAGCGAGGGCCGCUUCAUUUAUAAUGCAAUUCAUUUUACGCACGUAUUUUACGAGGUAGGGGUCCCACGAUUAUUUUUAUUUAUUUAUUUUUUUCUUUUCUUUUGCAUAUGUUAAAUCGAGUCUAGUUACACAAUCGUGUUAUUAUUAUCACGCAAAAGCACACAAAAGAUUUUUUAAGAUAUCGUACGAUGCUGAAAAAAUUCCAGUUUCUAUUUACCUUUUUAUAAAAAAAAAAACAAAAAAUUAAUUCUACAAGUAUCAACUGUAAGAUACAUAAACACAUUAUCACGUUGAUUAAUCUAUCUAUAAAAGAGUGAAAAUGCUCGUUAAAUUUGGUAUUUGCGUCGUUUUGAUCAAAUUACGUCAGAAGAGUUUUAUCAGACAGGAAAAAGAAAUUUCCCACGCUAGAUCAUUCCGUGCAGUUAGCAGCCUACGAUGAGUACAGUCAACAUAAUUAAAGAUGAAUAAUAUAUAAUAAUCAUGAUUGAUCUUGAUCAAAUUUAUUGCACUUUACGUGCUGUAAAAUUUACGCCGCGGUUCGUAUCGUCCGCGGCUUUGUCAUUUGAUUUAAACAAUUUAAAAAAAAUCUAAUUGUAUCAUUUUUAUUGUAAAUAAUGUAAGACAACUCCGAUGAAAUUUGAUGAAUAAUGAUGAAAACAGAAGUAUGAUGGUCAGUGAUUACUUCCAGGUUAAUGGUAUAAAGAGAAAUUCCUUUACGUAUAUUGUAAACUGGUUAAAAAUUAAUGAUGAAGAAGAUAAAAAAAAGAAUAAAUAAAUAAAAACUCGGUUAUAUAUAGCAUUUUGUAACAUUUUAAAUGUUUAAAUAAAAUGCGGUGUAUAUGUAAUAAUUGAAAGUAAUUCCUUUUUAUACCGCCCCUACUCCAUUAACAUUCUUAAUACAAAUGCAGAACAUCGUUGUAACACGGCGCGUAACAUUUCAUUUAAUUAAUUUAUGCAGAAUUCAACAAUCGCAAUAAAAAAAACAUUGUUUCAUAUUAGGCCUUAUUAUAAUGAUUCCGGACAUGUGAAACCUGCAUGAACAAAUAGAGGACGGUUUUGAAUCGUGUGGAAAUUUUUUGGUAAAGAGCAGUCAUUUUUUGUAAAUAAUGUGUUUUGCUAGUAAGAUAUCGUAGAUGAUCUCAUUGAAAUUGAUUUGUUACUUCUCCUCUUUCGUCGCAGAGUUAUAAGUUUCUCUCAAUUGGCUUUCGGAGGUUCAGGCAAUUUUUUUUGCAUUCACAACCGCAUCCGGGCAUCUCUGGUAGCCUGUUGACAGGAAAAAAGAUGGAUAACUGCUCAUUCUGCGCUCGCGUGUCGUUAGUGAUUAUUUAAUUUGUGCUUUAUAUCAGCCUGGCUGUAAUUUAAAUUAUAAUAUAAAUACUGUAUGUACUAUAUUGUUAUCAAUAUGCUCCAUAGAGAACGGAUAUAGAAACAUUUGGCUUGAUUUACAUAUUAUCAUCAUCAUCAUCAUCAUCAUCAUCAUCAUUAUUAUUAUUAUUAUUACGGAAUAGAAGGAACGGUAUUUGCAUGCAGUCGCUAAAAAUACUGAGCCAGCGCUGACAUACGUGAGGGAUUGUGCACCCUUAUAUAGUGUAUAAAAUAAAUGAAUAGUGAAUUAGGAAUGGUAUGCGAGCUAACAAAAAAAAGUAAAAAUUUACAUUAUUAUUAACCUCUAAGUGGAUAUGAGCCAGCUCGGUAUAUUAUAUUAAUGUACAUUCAAAGUUGGCCCAUUACCAUGACCAAUAAAAUAAAAAUUUUCAUCUAUUAUAAUUAUAUUACACAUUUUUACGCACUCCAAAUGAAGAAAAAAAAAACAAAAAAACAACAAAACAAAACAAUAAAAAAAAAAGUACAUAAAAAUUUUUAUCCUCGUCAUUUGUAUUAUAGCAACAUGUGUUAAAAAAAAUCCGCAUUAUAUGUAUGUAAUCAAAAUUGUAACUGAG